UUGGGAAGGAGUGGAAAUUAAGAAAAAACGCGAUAAAUACUUCUUAAUUUGUCCCAUUCGUGGCCCUCUACGAGUCCAAAAAUAUGAUACGAAAGGCCAUUAUACCGAGGAAUACCAAAGAAUUAGAUUAAUUAAAUAUCUUUUACAAAAAGGCUAUCCCAAAAAUCAGUUUAUUAUUGAAUAUGUGAUACCAAUCGGGCAUAAAGGACAUAAUACUCUCCGAGUUGAUUUAGUAAUCAAAGAACAAAAGAAAUUUAUCUGUGUAGCAGAG